GUGUGGCUCUUCCACAAACUACCACGUGUGGGUGCACACGUACAGUGCGAUUGAAACUUCGUGGCCACACUCUAGGGGCCAAAGAGUCACAUGUGGCUAGCGAGCCGCAGUUUGCCGACCACUGAUGUAGGUGAUGAAUGGCCAUCAAAAUCAGAAGCACAAGAAAAGGAGAGUGUUCUGGGAACCAUACAUUGUUGAAAUCCCCCCAACUGUGGAUUGGAGAGAAGAAGGCUAUGUAACUCCCAUGAAGACCCUGAGUCACUGUGGUUCUUGUUGGGCAGUAAGUGCAACUGUUGCCCUUGAAGAACAGAUGUUCCAGAAAACUGGCAGACUUAUCUCAUUGAGUGAGCAGAACCUUGUGGACUGCUCUCAGGCUCAAGGCAGUGAGGGCUGCAAUGGUGGCCUAAUGGAUAAUGCUUUUCAGUAUGUUAAGUCCAAUGGAUGCCUGGACUCAGAGGAGUCCUGUCCAUAUCAUGCAAAGGUUGGACCCUGCAAAUACAGGUCCGAGGAUUCUGUUGCCAAUGACACUGGCUUUGUGGACAUCCCUGAGCAGGAGAGUGCCCUCAUGAAGGCAGUGGCAACCGUGGGGCCCAUCUCUGUUGCUGUAGAUGCAAGCCAUCUUAACUUCUGGUUCUGUGAAGAUGGCAUUUAUUAUGAGCGGCACUAUAGCAGCGUAGAUCUAGAUCAUAGCAUACUGGUGGUUGGCUAUGGCUUUGAAGAAGAAGAAUCAAGUAACAAUAAAUAUUGGAUUGUCAAAAACAGCUGGGGUGAAGCUUGGGGCAAAAGUGGCUGCAUAAAGAUGGCCAAAGACCGGAACAACUACUGUGGAAUCGCCACCACGGCCAGCUAUCCUACUGUGUGAGAUGAUGGUGAUAAAGAAAGACUUGAUUGAGAACAAGAUAUCCAGAGAAGGAAUUUUUAUUUUAAAACUGACCACAUUUUACUUAAUGGGAUACAACACUUCAAUCUUGAAGAUCCAAACUGUUAUUUGAAUUCUGUGAUGUUUACAUUGGUAAAAUGUUAUUUCUUUUAUAUAAGGAUGUAUAAAUUUUUACCUUUUAAAAUAAAAAUUUUUAUUACUUUUAAUCCUAAA